GAAUGUGCGGAAAGUUGUGUCCACUUUUCUCCGUGCGCUGUUCGUCGAAGGGAGAAAGAGAAGCUAAAAACAGAAGCAGAAGUCCAGGAAAAGUUCCGUAGAGUUCGGACGUGAGGAGCCGCUUUCCGUGUGUCUAGGUGAAGCGCUGAACUCCACAUGGCAGUUCAGCCUGUGUUCUCGCUCGAUAUGUUCCCCGUGGGCGUUCCUCUGAUGGAGGAUGGGCAGAAUCUCAGCGACAUGCCCAGGAACACGCUGCCCGCCCCUCAGUUGGUGAUGCUGGCAAACGUGGCAGCGGUGACAGCUGCGGAGAGCGGCGGUGGCUGUGAUGGUGAGAAGGAGAUGAUGGAGCUGAAGACUGUGGGAGGCAGCUACUCGGACAGCGAGGACGAGAGUGUGAUCAGGUAUGGCUAUGAGAACCAGAAUCAGAGAGAUGCCGGUAUUGAGAAGUAUCCCGAGACUCUGGGCCCAGGUAUCCGUGCCGUGGUUGUUGGAAACAGGACAGAGGAGAAUGAGAACGAGGAUGAGGAAGACAAAGCUGAAGAUCUGUCCUGCCCGCCUCAGCCCCGCUCCUCCUCCGCCACCACCACCAAAACACCACCUCCCCAGGGUGCCAAACGCAAAGAGGCCCCGCCUGCUGUGACGGAGAGCACGAAGAAGAAGAAACCGUUCCACUGCAAACCAUGUCACUUCCAGGCGGAAAAUGAGCAGGAGUUUGUGGAUCAUCUAAGCAGCCACAGCAUCAGCAAGAUGAUGGUGGUGAACCGGGUGGAGGGGAGGAGCAAGACCAAGGCAAAGGAGGCGGAAGCACCCGAGGCCCCAGCAGGUGGGGAGGCCGAGAGCGGCGGGGAGGUGGCAGCCAAUGCAGAUGACAUCAAAGGGCUGAUCAGGUGUGAGCGCUGCGGCUACAACACCAACCGAUACGACCACUACAUCGCCCACCUGAAACACCACAACAAGGAGGGUGAAGACCACAGGGUGUUUAAGUGUACUCUGUGUCCAUACACCACUGUCAGUCAGUACCACUGGAGGAAACACCUAAGGAAUCACUUCCCCAGCAAACUGCACACCUGCAGCCAGUGCUCCUACUUCUCUGACCGCAAGAGCAAUUAUAUCCAACACAUUCGGACUCACACUGGUGUUCGCCCAUUCCAGUGUCCAUACUGCGACUACUCAAGCUCACAGAAGACCCACCUGACCCGACACAUGAGGACUCACUCGGGUGAGCGUCCUUUCAAGUGCGAGAGCUGUACCUACCUGGCAGCCAACCAACACGAGGUGACUCGACAUGCUCGACAGGUCCACAAUGGCCCCAAACCUCUUUCCUGCCCCUACUGUGAGUACAAGACCGCCGAUCGCAGCAACUACAAGAAGCAUGUUGAACUCCACCUCAAUCCUCGGCAGUUCCUCUGUCCCCUCUGCAAGUAUGCUGCCUCCAAGAAAUGCAACCUGCAGUAUCACAUCAAGUCUAGGCACUCUGGCUGCAACGUUGCCCUGGAUGUUUCCAAAGUCAAGCUGCGAGUCAAGAAACCAGGUCCCGAGAGUGCAGAGGAAAAGUCAGACUCUGGAGCAAAUAAGCUUGAUGAUUCAUCCAGCAUUGAGGAAGACCUGGACAUGGACAAGGGGGAGGAGGAGUCGAGUCCUAUCAAUCUGUCAAUCAGAAAGAACACUCGGCCCAGCACUGGCCAAUCGGUACAGACCGAAACACCUGACAAGGUUCAGAAGAAAUCAACCAUCACAUCUGAGAAACUGCCAAAAGCGAAGGACAAAGUGGAACCAGAGAAAAAGAUCACAAGACAGAAGAAGGUCGAGAAGGUCACUGAGAGUCCGGUGGAGAAAGCAUCUGUUAAAGAAAUCCAGAUGGAGACAGAAAGUGUAGAGAACAAGGUGAAGAGACGAGCCAAGAAGCUUGCAACAGAGAAAGUAGCUGUUCAGAACCAAGCAGAAGCACGCAUAACCCAGAAAGACCCAGUAGAGACAGAGAAAUCUGACCAACAAAGACCAGGGGAGGCAAGAUCAGCAAGGCAGAAGCUGGACAAAGAGGAGCAAAAAGGGAUGCCUGAGAAAGAGAAAGAAAAUCAGAAGAAUGACAGCAAAAAUGCCAGCAAAGCCAGAAAGUCUGGAACAAAGAAGUCUGAGAAGACUGCAGAGCACGUCAAACAAGCUUCACAGAAACCCAAGUGUCCAGAGAAAGGUCAGAAGGAAAAGGUAGUCAAGGAAAAGGCCUUAAAGAGGAGAGCUGUGGAGGCUUUAGAUCUUUCCAGCAAGCCCUGCACUCCAUCCAAGACCAGGAGGGUGAAAGCCUCAGCUGUGGAGGAUGUUCAGUCUAAACCUGCCUCACAAGACACCAACAAGGUAACUGAAUCCAGUCUGACAGCACACAAGUCCAAUGGGGCAAUACCGGCAAAGCAGAAGAAGACGAGGAGCUCCAACAAGAAAGCCCCCACCCCUCAGCCUGCUGUGGAGCCAGCAGAGGGUCGAGCAACUUCAAUCAACAGUCCAUGCUCAGAGGCUCCUAAAGUUUCUCCUCAUCUGGACAACUCAAAGGAAACCGCUCCCAGCGACCCAACAGAACACAGCCCUGCAGCAAGAACCACCUCCGCAAGUACACAUGCUCCAACAGAGCCAGAAAAGACUCCAAACAAACCCUCUGAGAAGACGGACAUUUCACCCACCUGCAGCUCCGGUGAGGACACGCCUUCUCCUGCUGAAGAACCUGCGCCAACAUUCCUAAAACCCAAGUCACCACCUUCUCUGGUGCUCCCUGGGCAGCGAAGCAAACCCACCGAGCCCGAGGAUGACGAGGGCAUCCACAGCAGCCACGAAGGAGGGAGUGACAUCAGCGACAGCGCCUCCGAGGGCAGCGACGACUCCGGCCUCAAUGGCAACGGCGCCGGGUCGACUAAGAUGCCCAAUGACCCAGAAACACCCACUGAUGAGAUCCCAACUCCUACUGAGCUAAAGAGUCACAUGUGCAUCUUCUGCGACCGCACGUUCCCCCUGGAGGUGGAGUAUCGGCGCCACUUGAACCGCCACCUGGUGAACGUCUACUACAUGGACAGCAGUUCCCAGAAAUGAGGAGCUGUAUCCAGCACACUGUGCAUCUUUAGGACCCAUCUCUGCUUUAAAGUGCAAACACUCCAGUUGUGUGAAAUAAGACUGCACAAACGUAUAAACUGAACAAAUGUCUCAUCAUUUGGUGUCCGAGCACCAACUCUUUAAAUUUAGCAGCUGAUUCUAUUCAGUUAUCACCAGAUUUGCUCUUGUUUUGCUGAUUUGAAGACCCUCCAAGAUUCUGGAAGGUCUUCCAGAAUCAUCCUCCUCCUGUGGAGUCCUGGAAGAGGUGUUGGGGCUAUGUUAGGUGCUCAGACCCUUUUGAACUUUUACAUGCUGGUCUGGUCUGUAGGGUCGGUUUGAGCCGACACACUGGCAUGUACAUAUGCUUUUCUCUCUCUCAGAUCAUGUCCACCUCAACUCUGCUGUUGCACAUACAGUGAAUUUUAACAUCAUAUCAAUUUUCAUGACCUCCACAGAACAUCUGAAGACCUUUUUGAAACCUGUCAGUGUCGUAAAGUCUCCAUGUAGGAAAAAAAAAAAAAGAUUUUCUAGUGUAAAAGUGGAAUUUUUUUCCCUGUUUUUUUUUUAAAAAAAGAAAAAACAUUCAGUGCCUUUGACAAUCAGCUGUUGAAAUGUUGCGCUCUUCUUCUCAUUAGUUUUUAUAUUUGUCGUCUGCAGAAAAAUGCUUUUCUCCUUUGGUGUGUUCAAACAAAACCUGAAGCAGAGUCGCUGGAAUGUUUUUGGACCUUUUCACAAUCACAUAUAUUAAUAGCCAGAGGGAUGACUGCUUCUUAAUAAACCUCACCAAUACCUGAAGUCAUGUAACAUUCAAAUGAAGUCCUAAGAUUACUCUCCUUAUCAUUUAGCAACUGGCUUUUCCUCCAUUUCUGGCUUGAAGAGAAUGGACAGUCUGCAGGAAAAUCGACACAGCUCAAAGCAAAUCUGUUGAAUUUGCGUUUAGUUCUUCACAACUUUUUCCAAACUGUGUUUGUAAUCACGCUGCACUUAAACUUCACUUUGCAUUUGGUCUGAACAUGCCGUUUUUGUGUUAGGGACUAGUGUUAGGGCCACUUUAUGGAAAAGGUUGAUUAAAACCAAACUAAAUACUAAGUCUACUUAAAAUAACCAGAUUUUUGAAAGGAUGAAAACCUGCUCACACAAUUAUUUUGUGCUUCCACAAAAGAAAUGGUGUGUGUGUGUGUGUGUGUGUGUGUGUGUGUGUGUGUGUGUGUGUGUGUGUGUGUGUGUGUGUGUGUGUGUGUGUGUUUUGAGCAGGCUUCAAACCACACUUGCUAAAGCCAUUAUUGCCAGGUUAGCACCUGAGCCCCACACCUUCAGGAUCAAACACUUUAAGUGUCUCACUGUUUCCUGUGGUGGCCUCUCACUAUUUCACACAGGUGUGACCACUGAUGUUCUUGCAUCUGUGCAUUAGCAGCUAUUUGAGUUUGCUCAAAUGUGUCCAACUGGAAUAGCUGAAUUCCGGAUACUUUUCACCAGACUGUGCAAAUUUGUCAGCACAGGCCAUAUUAUAGAGGCGCCAACAGGAAGAUGAAUUUUAUUCUCAAAAUUCCUUUUUUUUCCUUAGUGUGGCCCUGGUACCAGUUUGUGAAUGCUUUGAGAUGUGAUUGGUUAAAGAUCUGGUUAUUACACCAGCUGUAGUAAAACAUUAAAUUCCAUUAAUGGUUAGGGGUUGGGGGGUUAUAUUCUUAUUUUUCAUUACAGUUUCAGUGCAAUAUUCCUUUUAGUGGAGACGCCAAAGUGUUUUCUUUCCGACUGUACAGAGUGAUCGUCAUCCGAGGACUGUUAUUAUUACAGAGGCUUAUUACUAUCAAAUGAAAACGACAUCAUACGUAUGAGUUACUGCUUGUAAAGGUUUGUGUCAGCAGCAGCUUGUGUAGUUUCUGUAACUUAACGAUGAGGAUGGUGUUUUUUGAUCUUUUCUGUAAUUAAGCUCAUUGGGGCUCAUUGAGUCUUCGAGAGCAAGCACUGCCCUCAGUGCUUGCUCUCAGGCAUCUCUAAGCCUAACUGAUCUGUGACAGAAAGGUGAAAAUGAUAUUUUUAAAGAAAGGAACAAAAUUUAUUUGGGGCUGCGUUCAGAGGACACUACAUUUACGUGAGCCAAAAAAUCCGUCCAGUAGGUCCCGAAACAGCUUCUCUUGCUAGUUCACACUGCGAUCAGGUUCUUCCUGCUUCUACAGACUUUAUUUUAGUUUCUGUCUUGAAGCCUCAACUUGAGCACUUUGGCCUCCACCAUGCCCCAUGUACAGCUGAAUAUCAGAGUAACUGAGUGAUGAAAAUGAUCAGAUAAAAUUACACCAACUUUAUCGUUUACAAAGGUUUGCAGUCUGUUUAACAAGAUGAAACGUCUUCUCCUGUCAGGAGGUUUAAAUCAAAUUAGAAAUGUUUGUCUAACUGUCUGAUGUUAUUGUGAGCAGGUUGAGUGCACUCUUCAGCUAAAAACUAACCGAUUAAAGCUUUAAUCUGUAAUGUACUUUCUUCUGCUUUUUUGUAAAUAAAGAUUUCC